GUUAAUUUGAAUAUUAAGAAAGUAUAUGGUUCCCUAAGGUUGCUCUACCCACAUCGGCACUUGCUCUCCGUGUAGCAGAAAAUGUAACUCACAUGCAAUUAUUAUCACCAAAUCACUGCCUUACCUUUUAAAUAAAAUUAGGACAGAUGUGCCAGAUGAACAUAAAUGUAAGGUUUAGAAAUUUAAUAACUCCACCAGAACAUACCACGGCAAUAUUUGAAAGGAGUUUUUCUUAUAACGUCUUUUGCUUAUACAAUAGACUCUCGCCUCAUCUUAAAAGCCUUACUGUUAACCGGUUUAAAAAACAUCUAAAGAUGCAGCUUUUUUUUGUUCUUUAUUUUAUUUUUUUGUUGUUGUUUGUUUUAAUUUUGUUCUUAUUGUUUGUAUCUUUGUACCAGUAAAAUAAAAAAUGUAAUUAAUUACUUAAAAGGCACUACUUUUCAACUAUUACAAUUUAUUAGUGUGUACUAUUGAUAUACAUGUAAUUAUGUUCUAUUGUUGCCGUUUUUUUUCGGUUGGUUUUUUAAAAUUGUUUUCCAGUUCCUUUUUGUGUUAUUCUAAUUUAACUAAGUUUAUUAAUUAUUAUUGUAACUCUUUAUAUUAAAUUAAUGCAAAUAAAUUUUAUUAUUAUUAUAAUCAAUAAAAUGUAAUAAAUAAAAUAAUUUGAACUCGCAAAGUUUCUGAUUUCGUUCUGUUUCGUUUCUCGACAAUCUUAACUUUUAUAAGAAAUACUAUCUAUAUACAUCCUAUAAGCACGGGAGAAGUAUACAAACUUUUUUGGACAAGUCGAUGUACACACGUGCAAAUUUAAUUUACUGGCGCACGAAUUUUUACUGGCGCAAUUAAAACGAUUCAUAUGUGAACUCACCAUUAUGUACAGGCACUAACAUGUUAUUUCGCCGGUCAGGUCAGGUGAUCAAUAUCGAUAAAUAAAAUUAUCAAUAACGUGAUCAAUAACAAUCUCCUCAUUGGUUGGUUUGAUUUUGGAGAUAAAGUGUAUGUGGAAACCACAGUUUCUGUUCAGUUCGGUUGAAAUGGCGGAACGAAACGCAAUUGUCAAUGAGCCCGAUGGUGUUGCAGUUGAUGGCCCUCCAUCAUCGGGGACCGCCACUCCUGCAGCGACCGCCGCCACCACCACUGCCGCCCCUUUGGCGACCGCCGCCACCACUGCCGCCCCUUCAGUGGCCACCCCUGAUAUACUUAGAAUGUUGGAGGCCCUGCAAGGGCAGGUCAACGCCUUAGUGAACCGGCUGACAGCAAGCAAUGACAGGAGACCUGCAAGGCGCCUCAGUGCCAGGGGGGCGGAUCAUGACCACGUCGUGGUCCAUCCGUGGAGCCGUGGUCGUGGCCACGAUCGUGACCACCGUCGCCGUGGACGAGGUGGACACCGCGGCCGUGGAAACGGUGGCGGGUCCAAUUAUUUUUUUUUUAUUUUUAAUAAAUAAUUAAAAAGAUUGA